AUGUCUUCCAACGGUACGAGCACUCCUGAGUCCCAGCUGGACCCCAUUGUCGUCCAAUCCGACCGCACGUCGUACUCCAACGAGUACAUCACUUCCAAGUUCGUCAACCGCGGCGCCGAUGUCACCGUCGUCGAGGGUCAGUACAUCGUCACACCCACCGAGAAGCCUGUCGAGUUCCAGACGGCGCGCCAGGUCGCUAAGACUGGUCUCAUGAUGAUCGGCUGGGGCGGCAAUAACGGGUCGACGCUCUCCGCGACGAUCCUCGCCAACCGCCACAACAUCAUCUGGCACACCAAGUCCGGCGUCCAGCAGCCCAACUACAUCGGCUCUCUCCUUCGCGCGUCCACCGUUCGGAUCGGCGCAGACCCGGCGACGGGCAAGGACGUCCAUGUCCCCAUCUCCGACGUCAUGCCCAUGGUCCACCCCAAUGACCUCGUCCUCGGCGGCUGGGACAUCUCCGGUUUCCGCAUGGACGACGCGAUGAAGCGCUCCCAGGUCCUCGACUGGGACCUCCAGCGCCAGGUCAUGCCCCACAUGGCCGCGCUCGGAAAGCCCCUCCCGUCGAUCUACUACCCCGACUUCAUCGCCGCCAACCAGGAGGCUCGUGCGGACAACGUCCUGCCCGGCACCGACAAGCAGGCCCACCUCGAGCACAUUCGCCAGGACAUCCGUAACUUCAAGGCGGAGCACGGCCUCGACCGCGUCGUUGUCUUCUGGACCGCGAACACGGAGCGCUACUCGGACAUCAUCCCGGGCGUGAACGACACUGCGACCAACCUCCUCGCCGCGAUCAAGGGCUCGCAUCCGAGGUAUCCCCUCCACGCUAUUCGCCGUCGCGCCAUCCUCGAGGGCGAGCCCUUCGUCAACGGCGCGCCCCAGAACACCUUCGUUCCCGGUGUCAUUGAGCUCGCCGAGCGCCACCAGAGCUUCAUUGGCGGCGACGACCUCAAGUCCGGCCAGACCAAGCUCAAGUCGGUCUUCGCCGAGUUCCUCGUCAACGCCGGCAUCAAGCCGCUCUCCAUCGCUUCCUACAACCACCUUGGCAACAACGACGGCCAAAACCUGUCCGCGGAGCGCCAGUUCAAGAGCAAGGAGAUCUCCAAGAGCUCCGUCGUCGACGACAUGGUCUCCGCGAACGCGCUUCUCUUCAAGCCUCCCCAGGCGGGCGCGCCCGCGGGCUCGAAGGAGGCCAAGGGCGAGCACCCGGACCACGUCAUCGUCAUCAAGUACGUGCCCGCGGUGGGCGACUCGAAGCGUGCGAUCGACGAGUACUACUCCGAGAUCUUCUGCGGCGGCCGCUCGACGAUCAACAUCUUCAACGAGUGCGAGGACUCCCUCCUCGCGACGCCGCUCAUUCUCGACCUCGCGAUCCUCACCGAGCUCCUCACGCGUGCGCCGCUCGUCAAGCCCGGCACCGACGUCGUCAACUCGCUCAACCGCCAGCGCAACGCGCUCGAGACGUUCCUCAAGGCGUGCAUUGGCCUCGAGGGCAGCAGCGACCUCCUCCUCGAGACGCGCAUCUGGUGA